AUGGGUCUAGACAAUAUACAUGUACCUGGAGUCCUUCCAAUGCCCUUAACAACCACUUCGUUUCCAAGGCCUACGCUUUCGACACUCUUCUCCUUAAAACCCACCUCUACUUCGGACCCUUGGCCGGUGAAGCUCGCGGCGGAAAUACCAGGUGAUCUGAUACUCGGAGGACUCAUGAUGGUUCACGAACGAGAAGACUCAGUCACCUGCGGUCCCAUCAUGCCUCAGGGUGGUAUCCAGGCCUUGGAGACCAUGCUGUACACUUUGGACGUUGUCAACAACAUGCCUGAUGCUCCCUUCACCCUAGGAGCCCACAUACUGGAUGACUGGGACAAGGAUACCUACGGGCUGAAAAUGGCAGUAGACUUCAUCAAGACGGCUCCCAUCACCCUUAUCUCUGUCCAGGUGUCCUUCUUCUCUACCAGCCCCGAGCUCAGCAACAAGCAGAGGUUCGAGUACUUCACUCGCACCAUCCCCUCGGACCAUCAUCGGGUCAAGGCCAUGGUGGAGAUCGUCCGUAGACUCGGCUGGAGCUACGUCUCUAUCAUCUAUGAGGAGUCCAAUUAUGGUAUCAAGGCGUUUGAGGAGUUGGAGGUCCUGCUAUCCAAGUACGAGAUAUGUAUCGCAGUAAAGGAGAAGUUGGUCAAGGACUCGGAAGUCGCUGAGGAGACUGCUUACGACACCAUCGUGCUCCGCCUUCUAACCAAGCCGAGAGCUCGAGGAGCCAUUAUCUUCGGAUCGGACCAGGAGGUGGCAGGGUUGAUGAGAGCAGUAAGACGCUGCAAUGCCACCGGUAACUUUUCUUGGAUUGGCAGCGAUGGAUGGUCAGCCCCCAGCCUGGUGUAGCAAGGCAACGAGCGAGAGGUGGAGGGUACUCUUAGUGUCCAGCCCCAGGCCAACCCUGUGGCCGGAUUUGACCGUUACUUCCUCAAUCUGACUGUGGAAAAUAACCGCCGAAAUCCGUGGUUUAUAGAAUUUUGGGAACACCACUUCCAGUGCCGUUACCCCAACAGCCCUCGCACCCCCUACAACCAGAGACACACUCGGAUGUGCUCCUCCCGAGAACAGCUCACUGUGGACAACACAGUGUCCGAGAAUCAACUCCAGUUCGUCAGUGACGCUGAGAUGGCCUUUGCUGUUGCUCUCAGAGAUAUGCACAGGGAACUCUGUCAUGGCAGUCUAGGACUCUGUGAACACAUGAGACCCACCAAAGGUCCUGAACUGCUCAAAUAUUUGCGUAAAGUCAACUUUGUAAGCCUGUCUGGAGACAAGUUCAAGUUUGACUCUAACGGUGACGGGCCGGCGCGUUACAAUAUCAUUCACUUCAAGCAGAUGUCAUCCGGCAACUACCGGUGGGUCAAGGUCGGAGACUAUCUGGACGAGGAGUUGACUCUGAACAUGUCAGAUGUACAGUUCCGCCUGGGGCAGUCACAACCCCCAGAGUCUGUCUGUAGUCUGCCGUGCGAGUUGGGACAAGCCAAACAGUACGUGGAGGGAGAGAGCUGUUGUUGGCACUGCUUCAACUGUACACAGUACCAGGUAAGACACCCUCUGGACGAGACUCAGUGUGUUAUGUGUCCUGAGGGAACAGUACCAGACCCCAGCAAACAACAGUGCCUGAAUAUUCCAGAGGUGUUCCUCAAGGCAGAGAGUGCCUGGGCCAUCGGAGCUAUGUCUCUGUCUGCCACAGGUAUCAUAAUAACCCUCCUGGUGGUGGGGGUGUUUCUUCGACACAACACGACCCCGGUGGUCAAGGCCGCGGGCCGGGAGCUGAGUUAUGUCCUGCUCACCGGUAUACUGCUGUGUUACUCCGUCACCUUCGCGUUGGUGCUGCGGCCCAGCAAUGUCGUCUGUGGCAUCCAGAGGUUCGGGACAGGGUUCUGUUUCACGGUGGUGUACGCAGCGUUACUCACGAAGACUAACCGGAUAGCCCGUAUCUUCAACGCCGGCAAGCGGACUACAAAGCGGCCCAACUUCAUCUCCCCUAAGUCUCAGCUGAUCAUCUGCAGCGGUCUUGUGUCUGUACAGGUCUUAAUCAACGGUAUAUGGAUGAUCGUAUCACCCCCUCGGGCCAUCCACCACUACCCCACACGAGAGGAUAACCUGCUGGUCUGCGCGUCAUAUGUCAAUGCUUCAUACAUGAUAGCGUUUGGCUACCCCAUACUGCUCAUCCUGGUUUGUACCGUGUACACUGUCCUCACUCGGAACAUCCCUGAGGCAUUCAACGAGAGUAAGCACAUAGGGUUCACAAUGUACACUACUUGUGUGAUAUGGCUGGCAUUCGUACCUCUGUACUUCGGCACUGGUCACCACAUGCCGCUCCGCAUCACCUCCAUGUCCGUGACUAUCAGCAUGUCCGCCAGCGUCACUCUGGUCUGCCUCUUCUCUCCUAAGUUAUACAUCAUCUUGGUCCGACCAGAGCGCAAUGUACGCCAGUCCAUGAUGCCAAGUCGGCACGGACUGUUCAAGUCCGGCACUGCAGCCAGUGUCAUGGUCGGUGCAGCUCCAGUGGCCCAUACUCACCAACCGUUUGCUCAAGUCCUUGGUCAAAGAGAAUGCAUAGCUCUGGAGAUCAAUGAGGACACCAAGAAACACAAAAAGGACAAAGUCCAGACAUCGACAAGGUCGACUCAAACUACGACAACGACGCCAAUAGCAAUAACCAACAAGUCUCCCACUUUAGCUAAGGUAAACAACGUCGUCAACAACAUUUCCUCGUUUGUCGAGAACGGGCCUCCGCUGAACCUCUAGCAGCACGCCCCGCAGUCGCAGCGCAAGGCUCACCGUCGACGCAAAAUCAUUCCCAAGAGCAGAACCCCCGUCGUCGUAUGAUCACUGUACAUAUUCUAAUAAAAGCGAUUUUAUA